AUGGCGAUUUCUGUUUGUUUGAUGGCACGAUACCCGUGUGUUCCAGCCACCAAACGUCCAAUGGAGGUACCCUCCAGCGGAGCAGGCCUCUCAGAGGGGCCCGCCAGUCAGUCGCCGCGGACGGUGCCUGCAGAUCCACCGAAAACAUCUGCGACUGUCCUACGCGGUUCCGUACCAGGGGGCAUACCACAUUCCAUUGGGAUGGCUUCUGGAAGUACCAACGGAUGCCUGCAAACCGGGGGCAAGGUGUGUGUGCUGCUGUCAUCUGAGAGCCAGUUCUCCCGCACAAGCGAAACAGGAGAGGAGUUUGUUGCUGAAGCUGGCGUGUCACUCUUCUCUCUCUUGUCCAUGCACCGCGCAGCAAGGAGCUGCGGUUAUACCCUAGAAUUUGUGACGCCAUCUGGAGAGCCCCCUCCAGUGGCCUCCUUCAGCUCGCUGGAGGAGGUGCGGCUGUUGUUGUUGAAGGAGAAAGAAGAGGGUUCGGACUUUUUGAUACAGCGGCUGCAGCAAACUCAGGUACUAAGAAAGGCUGCUGCAACGGACUACUGCUGCCUGCUCUUGCCGCACCACUUGGGUGCAGCCGUCGACCUCUACAACAGCAGCAACACUGGGGCCCUCAUUCGGGCCUUUGGAGCCAAGGGGAAGCCUGUGGGGGUUGUCGGAUAUGGAGGCUUCGCCCUCUGCGCAAAGCCCUUAUCUGGUAGGGCUGAAGAUGUGGUGUUUAAAGAAGUCUUGAGAGCUAACGGGUGGUCAGAGUUGGGGCUUAGCUCUUCGGGAUGUGAAAGGUUUCCUUUUGCGGGGUGCACCAUGGCCACGGUUCCUCUGGCUGAAGAAGCCCGGCACCCUUACUUUGGCUUCCUUCCCUUCCACUUAGAGCUGCACUUUGCGACGAAGGGCGCACGGCUGACUGGCAGCCCAAAGGGGAAAUGGGGCCUCACAGUGGACGGGAAUUUAGUGUCCGCUGCUGGCGAGGCUUCCACAGAGCUCGUCCUCAGGACCCUCCUGCUGCUCUCCUCUAUGGAGCAGCAGCAAGAAUAG